GUGCGAGUGUGUGUUGAACUGAGCGGAGGUGAAGAAGAGGAGGAUGAAGCUGGGAGCGGAGGAUGGGAGGAAGAGUGGAGUAAGAGACAGGCUAGCUGUGUGUGAAUGAGUGAGUGAGGGAGGAAGAGGAGAGGAAGGUCGUCCGAGGGACCGAAAACAAAGACUUAAAUUUUUGGGGGCUAACCUCCGGAGCAUUACUAACGGAAACUUUCAACUUUUUGCCCGCCACAGCUCGGCUUGUUGUGCCCGGAGCCGGCUUUGUUUCGCGGCGGGGGUGUCUACGAUAAAUGAAGGAAUAAAAUAGAUCCCAUCGACCUUUUUCUACCCAAGCGGGGAAUACCCUGGGACAGCUUUUGAUAAAGAUUACGAGAGAAUGGCGGCCAACAUGUACCGAGUGGGAGAUUAUGUGUACUUUGAGAACUCCUCCAGCAACCCUUACCUGAUCCGCAGAAUAGAAGAACUCAACAAGACAGCCAAUGGGAAUGUGGAGGCGAAGGUGGUGUGUCUGUUCAGGAGGCGAGACAUCUCAGGCAACCUCAACACCCUGGCUGACAGCAAUGCAAGAGAAUUUGAGGAGGAGUCAAAGCAACCGACACUGUCUGAACAACACAAACACCAGCUCAAACACAGAGAACUCUUCCUGUCUCGACAGUUUGAAUCUCUACCUGCUACUCACAUACGGGGUAAAUGUAACGUCACCCUCCUCAAUGAAACAGACGUCUUGGCCACCUACCUGGAUAAAGAGGACUGUUUCUUCUACUCGUUGGUUUUCGACCCAGUCCAGAAGACCCUGCUGGCGGACCAGGGCGAGAUCCGGGUGGGCUCUAAGUACCAAGCAGAGAUCCCUGACAAGCUAGCUGAGGGUGAAUCAGACGGCCGGGUCCAGGAGAAGCUGGAGACCAAGGUGUGGGACCCCAGCAACCACCUCAAAGACCCUCAGAUCGACCAGUUCCUGGUGGUGGCAAGAGCUGUGGGGACAUUCGCCCGGGCCCUGGACUGCAGCAGCUCCAUCCGCCAACCCAGCCUACAUAUGAGUGCAGCUGCAGCCUCUAGAGACAUCACACUGUUCCAUGCUAUGGACACGUUGCAGAAGAACAACUAUGACCUGGCCAAAGCCAUGUCCACCCUGGUUCCUCAGGGGGGUCCGGUGCUCUGCCGCGAUGAGAUGGAGGAGUGGAGCGCCUCAGAGGCCAUGCUGUUUGAGGAGGCUCUGGAGAAAUACGGCAAAGACUUCAACGACAUCCGCCAGGACUUUCUGCCCUGGAAGUCUCUAGCCAGUGUGGUCCAGUUCUACUACAUGUGGAAGACUACUGACCGCUACAUCCAACAGAAGCGACUAAAGGCAGCAGAGGCGGACAGCAAGCUGAAGCAGGUGUACAUCCCCACCUACACCAAACCCAACCCAAACCAGAUCAUGGUGCCAGGCAGCAAGCCUGGCAUGAACGGGGCAGCAGGCUUUCAGAAAGGACUCAGCUGUGAGAGCUGCCACACGGCCCAGUCGCCUCAGUGGUAUGCCUGGGGGCCUCCCAACAUGCAGUGCAGGCUGUGCGCCUCCUGCUGGAUCUACUGGAAGAAGUAUGGAGGCCUGAAGACCCCCACACAGCUAGAGGGCGCUGCAAGAGCUGGCUCUGAGGCAGGCCCCCGCGGUCACAUGACACGCCAGGAGGUCCAGGGUAUGUCGCCAUUCACCCGCAACGAGGGUCGAGCCAAGCUGCUGGCCAAGAACCGGCAGACAUUCAUCCUGCAGACCACCAAGCUGACCCGCGUAGCUCGGCGGGUUUGUGAGGACAUCCUGCAGCCUCGCCGUGCCGCACGGCGGCCCUACGCCUCCAUCAAUGCCAACGCUGUCAAGGCUGAGUGUAUCAUCAGGCUGCCCAAAGCCACAAAAACACCCAUAAAGAGCAAGUUGGUGCCUCGACAGUCAUUGGCCACCAUAGUGAAGGAUUUAGCCAUCUCAGCUCCUCUGAAACUGAAGGCUUCGAGAGGACCCCCGACACCCAUCAACAGGAAUCAGGCCAGCCAGCCCCGUGUGGGCCAAAGCCUGCUGGGAAAAAGAGUUUUUGACAGCGCUGCAGGGGUGCCCUACCCAGCCAAUGGGAGGCCGUAUACUUCAGGUAUGAGGACCACCUCUCAGUCGGUCAUCAAGCGUCAGAAGGUCAGCCAGGGAGAAGCACCCAACCCUGUGGUGUUUGUGGCUACAAAGGACACCAGGGCUCUGAGGAAACAUCUGACCCAGUCAGAGAUGCGUCGGGCAGCGAGGAAACCUCAUCUCCUCGUCCGGAUCAAGCUGCCACCGCCCCCCCGCUCGCUGGCCAUGCCCCUGCUUCCUUCCAGCACCAGCGAACCAAUCGUCCUGGAGGACUGAAGGGGAGGGACUGGGGGGUCUUUUAACGGGACAUGGGGGUUGGGUGGGAGUUGGGGAGGGUCUGUGCUUGGGCCGUCACCUAACAGGCAGCACAGUACGCCAUACCAGUAGUCUUUUAUUUUCCCUCUUUUCAGCGUCAUUUUUCUUUAGUCCUCUGUUGCUUCCCAAAAGUUGUCCAACUCACACACACACACACACACACACACACACACACACAAGCACUUAGAUGACUGUACAUUUCUAUCAUAUUGAACACACACUGGCACUCACACAACAGUGUUGGGCUUUGUAGUAUUUUAUUCCAGAUCCUGAAUUAUUUUGCUCCCCUUUUCAAUACCACCUGUGUUUAAAUGUGUAAUUUAAAUCAAGAUAUCUCUCAUCCUGAAACAAUGGUGAUAAAGCACACUUUGUUUUUCCUCUACGUCUCAGUUUUGUGUAAAUAUAUACAUCAUUAAAGGGGUGAGACCCACAGUAUGUGAGGUGAAUGGUGGUAGAGAGAUGGAAAUGGGAGACUCUGGGACAGCUGUAGCAGGCUGAAGGAAGAUUUCACUCAUACACUCUUCUAUUGAGAAAUGUCCUCAGUCAGUGUGAACACCGUGUUUAAUCCACCUACAUCCCUUUUACUUUUCUCUCCGAGUCUGUAACUUGUCAGCUUUUUCUGUCUUCGGUCAGGAGCCAAACACAAGCCGGUUGGAGUGUUUAAUAAAUUCUGACAGGCCCUAGAGGUUCACCCAAUCUGUACCGCUUAUUAUUUUACAUACUAUGGACGUCCACCAGUGUCAAAAAUAUUUGGUGAGCACAAAACAACUUGAGCAGUGUGAAAGUCCAGGUUUUAAAGUGUGCAGAGACAGGUGUGCAAGUACAGAACAAAGCUGUAGACAAAAGUGAAGAUGGAAUGUAGAGUGUAAUUUAAUGUUUUGAGUUGGCAAAGGAUUGUACUAUAUUUAAACAAGCAGUAGGGCUUUGUUUGCCCAUUAGUGUCACACAGUCAUUAGACACUAAAAGUGACACCCUGUUACACCAUGCCUUCUUAGAAAUAAUUUCAGUUUCCUUUUAUUGUCAUUUUAUUUAUUAAAAAUGCCCAUCGCAGUUCAAGCCCAAGGGGGACUUCUUCAAUUGCUUGUUUUGACCAGCCGAUAGUCCAAAACGCAGAUCAGUUUACUAUGACUUAAAUAAUUUAAAUGAGUAAUCAGUCCUCAAAACUGUUUAAGUCAGCUGAAGUAAAUAUGGGCAUAACAGCUACACGGGUUAUAUUAAGUUGUUUAACUUUUCUCUUGCUUUCAGAAUCUACCCAAACGUGUAAAUUAGAGUAAAUUUAAAACUGAGUGUGCACAAAUUCAGGAUUUUGGUGUCUUUACUGAUCCCGGUCUGUCUACUUCUAACUAAUCCUGGCAACCUUAAAUAGUUGAUACAAUUCAGAAUCUACCCAGACAGGUGGAACACACCUUAUCUGACAUACUUAUCUUGACAUAACUGCUUACAUUUGUUUUAUGCUCACUUGAUAAUUUUGUUACUAAUAACCCUCCAUAGAGCGAGCGAGAGUUGCUGUUGCAGUCAAGCCACAUUUGUCUUUUGUCUGCUGACAGUUGAUCACCAAGCAGUUUGAACAGGCAGUCUGGACUCAAGGGGGACAGGAUUAUUUCUCAAAGAAGUCUGGAGGUUUACAGUGUAGGAGGGAUCAUAUGGAGUAUUUGAGGAAAUUCAAAUAAUUGUGCUUACCAUGGAUUUACACAAGUUACUGUGUGACUUGCCAUGAUGAAAGAACACAUUUGGCUUUGAGGUACUGUUUUGAGUCUGCAAAUGUCCAAAAUAAAGCCAUAAUGUAAAAAAAAAAAUAGAAAAGGUUGACGUCCACUGUGAGUGGACACUUUAACCCUGAAGUAAGGGUAGACUAAAGCCUCAGCAUUUCUGACAAUGUAGAGUUUAGUUGGUUUGAAAUGAAACUGACGCAAUUAUGUUACUGGUCAGUUAAUAGUCUGUUAAUAAAGCAGCAAUAUGUAAAUGUACGAAAGACAAUUAGGGCCAAAAAAAAGUACUGAAAUUAAUGUUCAAAAUUGCAAAAUGACUUAAAUUAAAGUUGUAGUUUUCCUCCAAAUAUUGACUCAUUGUGAAACGUUUUCAUAUGGCCUUAAUCCUCUGUAAAUGUCUGAUGCAGAACAGAUGUGACGUUUAUGAUGAUUGGGUAUAACGAUGUGAAAGAAAUCUUCAGCUGUUUCAACUUUUGCUUUAUUUAAUUCCUCCUGUUUGUACCAUUAUGAAAGGGUGAGUACUAAAAGUAAGUUGUUAAUUGGAUAAUUAUAAUUCCUCUGUACCUUCAGCCUGUGAAACCCCACAGCAGCAAGUGACUACACUGGUUUUAUAAGCAAUUUGGUCCCAAUGUGGGCUUUGUAACAUUUCUCAAAAAAAGAAAUUGAAGUGUUGAGUUUGUAGCAAAUACUAAUCUGUGUAAAGAAAAGUGGAAAAGUGGCAUAUUUUAAGCUUUUAUUUUUUUCUUUUUUACAUCUAAAGUGUGUAAUUCUGCUCCAGUAUGGUGGAGAUGGCUCUAAUAGGCUACUGUACAUGUAUAACAUUGCUCUCCUUCAUAGGGUGGGUGGGCUGGUCAUUUGAACCAGGGGCGACAUUCAAAAGGGAUUGGGUGCUGAUUUUUGUAUGAUGGAGAGACAAACAUGCUACAAUUGAAACUUUUUCUCAAGUGUUUUUUAUUCCAAUGUCUCUGUAUCCUUUAAUGUAUCUUGAUAAGAAAAGAAAUAAAGAUUUUUCUUUCUUCGUGGUCAGUCAUA